AUGUUUUUUUACAUUUCUCUAUUAAAAGCUAUAGUACCAUUAUUUGACAAUGACUCGUAUGAUAUACAUGAACCGUACGAUCUAGAUGAAGAAAUGGGCUAUAACACCCCCAGCACUACAUCAGAAAUGUUAAAUGACAAUACAGUUUUAAAUACUACACAAGAUUUCCAACCACUGAACGUAAAAAUACCGAAAAAUGCAUUUCGGUCAAUACGUUACGGCAAAAUAAAAACAAAUCCCGAGAACCUUGAAACACUUAUACAGCACGAGAUGGAAGACAUAAGCCCCGAUUUACAUAAUAAAAUAAGAAAAAGGCUUGCUAAAAGCAAUGUCGACAGAAGUAGGUAUAAAGAUCUUUUUUUUAUAAAAAAAAGGAUUAUUCAGGAUGGUGACAGAAAGAUAGUAAGUUUUGAUAUAAAAGAGAAAAUUAUACCUAAAAAUCCUGACAGUGAACAUAUAAAUAAAGAUGUAAGUUUAAGGGUAAUAUUAGCAGGAAUACUCUUCUUACUAGCUGGUCUUGUUUUUACUACAACUAUGAAAAUGUAUCAAAAUAUUUUUAAAAAAAAUGUGUUUAAUUACGACGGGAAAAAAGAACAAAACAAGGAAAGCGUAUAA